AUGUCGGCCGCUGUCCCGAUCCCAGAUGGCUUUGAGACGCGGUGCGGCGUAUGCGCCGCUCCGACUAGCAUGCGCUGCUCUCGCUGUGGUUCAGCUUAUUAUUGCAGUAAGGAUCACAGUGCGAUGGAUUGGAAGUAUCACAAGAAGCAGUGCAAUUCAAAUGAAGCCAACCCGUUGGCGGCGGCGCCCUUCCUAUGGCCAACGAAGGAUACCCUUCAGGCCAUCCUCCUUCCCGCGGACGAAGACGAGCCCCGGAUGGUAGACGUGCAGUACGAAUGGGGCACGGACAGCGGUAUCACUGGCUUCCCUAUACACGUCCAGAACCUCAAGCGCAAAGUCCCUGGCCUUUUCCACGAUCGCGCGCUCGUAUACGAGGAGCAUGUCGGGACCUUCGGGAUACACGGUCGCGCAUUGAAGGAUGAAGAGCACCUGGUCAUCAUGUAUAACGAUUUGGGCUCCAUGCAUACGGACCAUCCCAACCGCUGUGUGCAGCAUCUCACGAAGGGCAAGGCGCCGCACGAAUGGACGGACACUCUUCUUGUGCUCCGCCAGCGGCCGCGCGAUAGGCUUUUGCGGUACCAGAGCGCGAAUUUAGAUGAGGAUAUCGAGAUUCUUAGACAAUACUUUUUGGAAUAUGACGUCGGUGGCGGAGGAGGGAGGGUUCUUACCUUCUGAAGUGAUUGAAUACACGGCCGAACUCGAUGACAGGGUUUGACGAUAGACGAAGUUGCACAGUGACCAGCUUGCAUGACACGCUCAGAAAGUGUACAAUCAGUGUUUCUUCGGACAGGCGAUUCCCAACCGCCAGCUGAACAAGGUUCUUGAGGAAGCG